ACGUACACAAGCGAGAACCGUCGUCAUACAUCGACAUAAUAUAUCUGCACUCUUCCACGAGCGCACAUGACAAAUGGUCUCUACUAUGAGUGAAGCGAGUAAUUUGAGUGACAGUGAAAUGUUCGAUAAACAUGAUGCUGAUUUUAACAUGGAUUAUCGCCAUGAGAUUGAUAGUGAUGAUUCGUUCACUGAAUUAUCAGAAAGUAACAUUAACACAGAGAAAAAUAAUUUAGGAGACAAUAAAUAUGUAGGUCCGAUAAUUGGAGGACACAGAUUUGAUAGAAAACUGGUUUGUGUUAAAUAUCCAGGAAAUGUAAUUAAUGCGGAUAAAGCUAUUGAAACAUUGGGUGGUAUUACUUCAAUAUCCACGACUGUAGAUGCUGUCAAUAGAAGAUUAGAAUUAAGGUUCAGACCUGAUGAUGGUUAUAGCAAACCUGCUUGUGGUGAUAGACAAAGCACAAUUGGGUUUUUACUCAAAGUUAGAUUAAAAAAAAGAGCAAUGUGCAACACUAAGUCAGAGACUAGAAAAACAAAAUCUGUGGAUACCACAGAUUUAAAACCUACUACAUCCUGUAUUGUUUGUAGCACAAAAGAUCUUGGCACUCCUUUGUUAAAGGAUGAAUAUAUUAAUAAUCUAUUUGAUAGUAACAAACUAGAAGACAACAAUCACAUUGAAAACAAUGCUAGCAUUAACAAUCAGAACGACAUACAAGAGUGCAUUAAUAGUUUUGUGAAUUGUAAUAUUGUUAAAGAUGAAGAAAAAAGUUACGCUACGACUAAUACUAAACAUAUAUAUGAUUCAUGCAAAGAUCAAGCAAGAAGAAAAACAAACUUAUUGCCUUUUAGUAAUGAGAAAUAUGAUAAUUUAUCCCAAGAUAUGAAUUAUGAAUUGCCAGAUUUGAAAAUAUUAGGAAAAGUUGAUAUUAUUUUUAAAUUUAACAAUUUGUGCGAUUUUCAAUAUGUACCAAUGACACAAAACAAAAAAAAUCCCCAAAAAUUGGAAUGUAUAUAUAAUUUAAUUUAUCCAACAGGAAUUCCUUCUUAUUCUUGGUUAAAGAAUGAUGUACCUUAUUUUUUACCACCAGCUGCAUUUACUAGAAUGGAUACUGUACAGCAAUAUAUACCAAAACCUGAAAUAAAUUCUGACCUGGAGAAUAUAAUAGGAAAAAAUAAGAGAUGUUCUGCAGGUUUUCCUAAUUAUAUAUACUUUACAACACCUGAAGUACCUAGUACACCACCAAAAGGAAUAGAGACAGCAAUGAAAGUAAAACUUCUUCAAAAUUCACACUUAAACAAAGUGCAUCAAUUAUUUGAAGAACGUCCGAUCUGGUCUAAAAACGCUAUUAUGCACAAGACACAAUUCUCAUCCGAUCAAUUGAAGAUAUUGUUACCAUCAGUAGCGUAUUACUUUAUGACUGGACCGUGGCGAAUAAUGUGGGUAAAAUUGGGUUAUGAUCCGAGAAAAGACGUUAAUGCGAGAAAAUAUCAAACACUGGAUUAUAGAUUAAAAGCUAUGCAUGGAUUAGGUUCAACUGUCAAAUGUAAACGAAAUUAUUUAAAAUAUACUUUACCAUAUAAAUCGUCGCCUAUUACUAAGCAGAAAGCUGCAAUACCUGUUAAUACUUCGAGUCAACCACAAACAUCAAAAAAAGACCGAUUUCUGCAUGAAAACGUGUAUAUCUACCGAGAAGGCACAGUACCUCCUUCUCGGCAAAUGUUUUAUCAGUAUUGUGAUGUUCUAGUAGGGGAGAUACAAAAUAUGUUAGCGAAAUUACCUGAUCCCUUGCCUGGUAUAAGGUGUCACGAAAAAAGGGGAUGGCUGCCAACUGGUUUUGAUGUACAAUGCCGAGAAAUUUUGAACAAACAAGUACGCGCUGUACUUAGAAAGAAAAUGAACAUUCCUGAGGAUCAUCCAACGUCACUUCCACGGAAACGGAAAUGUGGCAUUAAAAAACUCAAUACAACAAUUAGGACAAAACAGAACAAACAAACGAAUUCUACAAAGAUUCAGUCAAACGUUCCCUCUACUCAACAGUCAAAACCUGAAUGUAAUUAACAAAGAU